GUGUUGAGUGUAUUUUUUUCUAAUUAAAUACACAGUGGUAAGAACUCGUAGAAGACGUUCUAGAUGGCAUCAAAUUGCAACACGGAGUUAAGCAAGUGAAAUGCCCUCCAGUGAAAUUACUUAAAGGACACUGAAGCAAAAGGUGCUACGUUGUUACAAGUAACCGGCGCGAUUUAGCUCAAACGAACAAAAGGUGCCGCGUGGCUAUUGGCACGGGCUGCGGCCGGUCGCUAGGCUAUUUAUGUUUUGCUAACCGCUGUUAGUCAAUCACACAGCCACGCCGACCUCACAAAAGGUAGUACGUGGUCACACCCUGCCCAGGCGCUGUUCUGUCUGUGUACAGCAGCAUCAGCGUGUCACAGAUUCCAUUCAAAUUCGGGGGACGAGGGGAGGAAACACAACACAGAGGCGUCACCGUCCUGUCCACACCUCGUGUUUCUUGAGUUAUUGAAUUUGCCACGUCACGUGGUGCGAGCGAGCGAGCUCAAUAAUCGCUUCGCACACCCCCGAGAUUUACGAAUCAAGGUGGUGGCGACGAUGAUGCGCGUCGUCUGUUGUUGAAAGGGCAAGUUAGAUCAGAGAGUCGACCACACGUUGCCUGCCAAUGAGGAUGAUGCUGCCCCCCUCGUGGCUCGCCACUCACUGCCUCAUCGUCCUCUGCUUCGCUGUGCCUGCCAUUGCAACAACCACAGUGCAGACCACAUCUGCCGCGCCCGGGCCCUGCCAGCCGAACCCUUGUAUCCAUGGGGGUGACUGCAGCACUGAUGGGGUGGACGCCGGGAGCUUCAAGUGCCACUGCAAGCCCGGCUGGGUGGGCGACCACUGUGAACACAUCGUAUCGCCCCACCUAAACUGCACUUCAAGUUACGUUGAACUGCAGAUCUCAUUGAGUGUACUGGAAAACCUCCACCUCGACCCGGCCAACAUUCAUCUGGAGGACCCUUCGUGCCACGGCUCCUCAUCGGGGGAUUAUCUGAUUCUGCGCAGUAACCUGAAGGCCUGUGGCACCACAUCCGAGGCACACGGCGACACCAUUGUGUACACUAACUCUGCGUAUGGCUACGUGAUGGGGACCAGGGCUAAGAAACUGCGCAUUCCCAUGCACUGCUACAUCGGCUCCGAAGGGAAGGUCAUCGCGAGCUUUGCUCCCAGGGUGGUGGAUAAGUACAGCUCUGGCUCCUUCAACCUCAGCAUGGUGCUUUACACCGACCAGGCUUUCAGCCAGGCCGUCAACGCCUAUCCAUUUGAGGUGGACCUCGGGUCCCCCAUCUACGUCGAGGUCCUGCUCAACUCCUUCGAUAACAACCUGCAGCUGCUACUGGAGAAAUGCAAGGCAUCCCCCUACACAGGAGCCCCUGACAAUGCAUCUUACAUCAUCGUACAAAGCGGUUGUCAAGUGGACACGUCCUACGUGACCUACACCAGUGGGGACGACAAGAGGCAGCGCUUCAGCUUCCAGAGCGUCGAGCUAAACAGCAGUUCACAGCAGGUGUACCUGGAGUGCAACGUGCGUGUGUGCGACAAGUCGGACGUGAACUCACGGUGCCGGCGAGGGUGUGUGCGUUCCAAGCGGUCGGUGCGGGACGUCCGGGCCAGCGGCACACACCUUGAGCACAACGUGGACCUCUCCCAAGGACCGAUAUCGGUUCGCAAAAGGAGCACCGGUUCUUCAAGCAGCGUGCCAGUGGCAGCGUACGCGGUGCCUGCAGCCCUGGCUGGCGCAGCGGCAACCGCUUUGGUCAUCGGUCUCUUGAUAAAAUUAAAGUGUCUCCCGUGGAUCAGCGGUGCCCCAUAUAGUUUCAUAUAGGUGCACGCGAGCACCAGCACCUGCUAAGUCUGGCAUAGCAAGUCAAGUAGCGAGUAAUGGUGGGGCCCUAGGCUUAACACUGUGUCCUGAUAUUCCCAGGCGCAUCCUCUUUUUGAGGUAAGAAACUAAAUAAGCAAACCGAUUUAGUAUCCCUCACGUAACUAUCUCAACAUAAAAAAACGUUUUUUUUUCCCAUAAACCAGGACAAGCAGCACGGAUUUGUUGGAAUGCCUUAUUUUGGCGGUAUCGGUUAAAGGCAAGGAAAAUGUGGACCGGUUGCGAUAUACAGUGUCUGAUCAGCAGUGUUCACGCUUGCUUAUUUGAAUCAAUACUGGUGAACUACCGAUUUUACAGGCAAGGACCCUGCCAUUAUGAUAUGGGGGUCUUUUUGGGGUAGCUGCUGCUGUCCUGGGAAACCGACGAGUCUUUUCAGGACUUUAAAUGUCCAGGUUUUUGUAAAUUGUGGAACAAUUCACCAGGUCACAAGACAAAUCAUUUACAUGCAGUGCAUCCCCCUGUUGCGGUGUUGUGAGAUAUUCAUUUUCUCAUGAGGUAUGCUGGUUUUAGGCUGAGUUAAUCUAGGGAGGCCCAGGUGGUGUGCGAAUAACAAUUGCCUACCCACUGUCUGUGGCCGGGAGUUGAACCCAAAUGGUCAGCAUUCCAGUUGCAGAUUGCUACCAACUAUGCUGUUGCUCUCCCAGCCAAUCGGAGAUAUUGUCUGGACUGCCCCACACCUGCUCACCCCCCCACGUAUGCCAUGCCAACUUUAAUAGGUGCUCACUAACCACUUGUCCCAAAAGGUUAUAUCACGAGAUGGGUUUUUUUUCUCUUGAAGAGAGAUGCUUAUAUAGUGGGUCGGUAAACUUAAACAUUAAAUAUAUCUGUAUGCUCAUAUUUUUCGUCUACACAUUAUAUACAGGUUAUAAUGAUUAUAUCAGACAUAAAUAAGCUCCUCAGCUCUGGUUAUGACAUGCAGAAGUUCAAACGGUUUGCACACGUAGUUUUUUUUUUACAGAAUCACGAUUCUACAAAAGAGACAAUCAUGGGAAUUUCCGCCACACAGCAGCACCGGUUGUAGUGGCUCUGAGACAGCAAAAUUGCGCCCGGCGUGUUAAGCAGAAGCACAACAUGUACCAGACACAAGCAUGUAAAUGUCAUGACUACGACUGCUAAUAAUAAUUUUACCAUUAGCCCCAAGUCAGUAACCGUGACGCCACCGUGGGUGAGUUAUCUCCCUCGCCUGGUAUGCAGAAGCACGUGGGUUCGAUCUCAGACCCUGUCAAUAUUGGAGUUCACAAAUUCUCUCUCUGUGGUGGAUACGUAGAUUUUUGUCCACAUCCUCUGAUUUUUCCCUCCACGUAAACAUUUGUUUAGAUUAUUUGUCUGCUACAAUAAAUUCCCACAUGUGAUGAUGAUAAAAGCCAGUUCGAUGAGCUAUCACGUGUGGCCAGGUUAGCUUUGAAAAAGAGCUCACAGCUCAUUGGGCUUCUACGUGACUUUACGAAAGAACCAAGAAUAUGAAUCCCUGCAGUCACGAAAGCUUUAAAUCAAAACUUUCGUUUAUGUCAGGGCAGCUCCACUUUUGUACUUGCAUAUGUAUGUUAAUGGUAAAGCAAUAUUCGUGAAGAGUGGACCUUUUGCUGACCACAGUUGGCACAACACAACAUGACGCAGAGUCAAUGGUGGUGGUGAAUCGCACUGGCAAUUAAAUGUUUACGGCAACUUCCUUACAAAAAAAAUAUUUGGCUAUAUUGCCACGUAGUGAUUUUCAGAAAUACGGUAUUAAUCCACGGCUGGGAGAUAUGGGAAGUCAGAUCUGUCAUCAUUGUCGUCUCCCUUCGCAUUGAAUAACCCAAUUAAAUCAUGUUUUAUAAGCGCAUACUCUUGGUUUAAUAGUGUGUUUUGUCAUCGAGAGUGCUCGUGAAUGGUACAAUGAAUGCAGGCCUGUGGGUUAAAUAUGCCAAGCGUUCUGUACAUGUUGACGGUUUUGUGUUUUUACUGACUGAUUAAACGUGUCCUUUUGGUGUAACUACGUUCGAGUCUCAUUGAGCCUCUUUUCAUAUUAAUCAACGGCAUUUGUACAACGUAUAAAUUAACUCCGAACAGUAGUUCAGCUUGCGAAACGUACAUCGGUUUAUCAGAUGUUGUUGGUGACAGCACUACCUUUAAACGACCGGACCCUGUAAGCACAGUCGGCA